AUGACGAUAACACCGGACGAUGUGAAGCAAAUUACUGACCUUGAAGUUGAAGGACAAUUAGUAUUUGAAGGUUUUAACAACAACAUGGCUUGGACUGACCUUUACGCUCUUCUUGAAGAAACACUUGGGUGGGGGAAAGAUGAAACUGAGAUGGAGUUUAAGUUGGUUGGUGGUUAUGACCCAAAUGAACCACAUAAACCAAAAAACCCGUUGAAAAAGCUAAUGUUGAAGAAUCUGAGGAAAAAGUUUAAAGGAACGUUCAAGAGGGAAAAGGAAGGUGAGGUGAUUGAUGAAAUAACAUUUAAGCGUACAGCCACAUCUUACUUGUUGUAUUCUCUUGGGACCGUAUUCUUUCCCGACAACUCGGGAAAUCGGGUGAAUGUUCAUUAUCUACAAUUGUUGAAGAAUUUGGACAACAUCAAAAAUUAUUCGUGGGCCACUGCCACCCUUGCAUAUCUACUUGAUAGCCUAAGAAAAGCCUCAAGGGUUGGAGCUACUGAAAUUGCCGGGAAUGUUGCGAUUCUAAUGGCAUGGGUUUAUCACCACUUUCCUAGCCUGGAACCUCCUACUAAUUGGGAACCACAUGAUUAUGUCCCUACGGGAAAGAAGUUCAUGUUCACUGGUAGACAACAAAGGUUCAAAGACAACAAGCUCAUUCGAAUGAGGGAGAAAAUAGAUGCUUUCACUGUUGAAGAUUUUAUCUUUGACCCUUAUGUGAGGAUCCACAAUGGAGUUGAUGCUCGUAGGUUCACAGAGACCGCAGGCUACAACGGACCAUUGUAUCAUCCCACAUGUUACGUUAUGACCAAUCCUCGUCGCAUUCUACGCCAAAUUGGUCAUAUUCAAGUAAGAGCUAUCAAGGAAAACUUUAAAUUAUCCAAGGAAGGAUCCGAAACAAAAGGCCCCACCAUUGUACUCAACUACCGCCCAACUCCGACGGUUGAUGCUUGGAACAAUCGCCAUGAAGAAAGAUACCAACUCGCAGUGGGAGAGGCAAUUCCUUGUAUCAACACGAAAGAAGCCGCUGCUGAUUACAUGACUUGGUAUACUUAUUUUGGUCAUCCAUAUGUGAUCAAUAAUGAUCUGGAGGCCCAGCAAACUAUUUUAAAGGCUGUAGCACAAAUGAAGGAAGUUCAUGAGACCAAAGAGAAAACGGGUCUAUUUGGUUUGUCUUGGAAGAAGCUAUACUUCAUCUCGAAAGAGCGAGGACAAGCUUUGGCAAAUAACAUGAUUUCAUGCAUACGUAGUAAUGAUGUGAUUAAAGCUCCUCAACAAAAGAUCUUGCAAGAGCAAAUAAGGAACUUGCAUAAUCCAAACAUGGAAGAAUUUUACGAGGGGUUGGUCAUGGAAGAACGAGGCUCAAAGAGGAGUAGAAACUCUCUUGGAGGUGUGAUUAGUAGCCGUCGUCAACCUUCACCUGGCAGCGAAGAGACAAAUGAUGAAGAGGAGGAGGGGGGUGGGCCAUAA